UGGAGUUCACCUGAGGAACCUCCGUGCAGUAACGCGAGAUUUGACAUCUGACAAGUAACACAACGCGCAUGCGUACGUUCUCUUUUCACCGGCGGCCAUUGAGGACCGAGCAGGAGGCCAAUAUGAAGUUCAACCCCUUUGUCACAUCUUCCCGGAGGAAGAAUCGCAAGAGGCACUUUAAUGCUCCAUCUCACAUUCGCAGGAAAAUUAUGUCCUCUCCACUCUCCAAGGAGCUGAGGCAGAAAUACAAUGUUCGCUCGAUGCCCAUACGCAAGGAUGAUGAGGUUCAGGUCGUCCGAGGACAUUACAAGGGUCAACAGAUUGGUAAAGUUGUCCAAGUAUAUAGAAAGAAGUAUGUAAUCUAUAUUGAGCGUGUGCAGCGUGAAAAAGCCAAUGGUACCACAGUUCAUGUUGGCAUUCACCCCAGCAAGGUAGUUAUUACCAGGCUAAAACUGGACAAAGAUCGCAAGAAGAUCCUGGAACGCAAGGCAAAAUCUCGCCAAGUUGGCAAAGAUAAGGGCAAAUAUAAGGAAGAAUCAGUUGAAAAAAUGCAGGAGUAAUUAAAUGUUCCACUUUGGCUGCUUUCAAUAAAGACUCAAACAAAUCA